AAUAAAUAAAAAAAGUUAAUAUUCUGUUUUAUUUUCUUUUUCAGGAUGGUGAUGGUGAUGGUAAUCACAAUGAAGCUGAAUCUGAUAAACCACAAACAGAGCAAAAAGUGACUGCGACUAUUUCUUCAUUCAUGAAAGCCCCACAACCACCCGCAAGACCACCUGCACUCAGCACGAAAAAAAUGGAGCGAUGAAUUAAAAAAAAAAACAGAGCAAACAGAAUAUAGUCUGCGGGACUAUCGCCGUUCGCCGAUGUCUAUAGUCAGUCUGGAACCGAGAUCGAACUAAAGAUAACUCAUUCUCACAAGUAUGUACGACGUGUGACGAAACAAUACGAAUCUAUAGACGGAAGAAAAGUUAAGUCAAGGUGUUGGGAAAUGGACAGAUUUAUAACGAAGCGAAAACGUGACCCUCCUGAUAAUAAUAGCUCUCAAAAUAGUAACCAGCCUACUAAACCUGGUCAUUCAACUAAGAAGAAAUGUUUAAGUCCUAGUAUCCCUGGCCCUUCAUGUACUGAUGCACUAAUAAUAAUAAAACCUACCCAGCCACAAGAAUCAAAUCCUUCCAACGACUUCAGUUUGCUAGACGAAUCAAAUCUAUCUAACAAAAAAAAACCACAAGCCUUACUUGAUACUUGUAACGAAAAUGAAGAAAUCCAGAUAGCAACAAGUAAUGAAGAGCAUAAAAAAAAUAUUCCAACCAAAUCUAAAAAAGCAUCGGAUAAGACUGAAAAACAUUUAUAUGUUUUUAGCGAGAAAUGGUUAGAAAUUAAAGAACUUUCAGAGUGGCUAGUUUCAGACACAGUUAAAGGCACAAUCAGUGCAAAAUGCAAAUACUGUCAAACUACGUUACCCAACCACAAGCCGCACUUGAUACGACACUCUGAAACUGAUAAACACAAAUCAAUAAUGAAAGCCAUUAAAUCCACAUCAAAUAUUAAAGAAUCAUUAAAACCAUCAGAUGAAGAUCUCUCAGUAAAAAGAGGUGAGCUUAAAAUUGCUGCAAUGCUGGCUACAAAUAAUUUACCAUUCCUCUUAUCAGACACUCUAGUUAGCUUAAUAGCGGACAUUUGCCCCGAUUCGAAAAUUGCUCAGAAGAUGAAGAUGGGUCGUACGAAAGCAACAGCAGUUGUAACACAAAUUUUAGGGCCCAGUCUUCAAAGUACUUUGCAUGAUUAUUUAAAACAACCCGGUAAUUUCUUUUGCCUAAUAAUGGACGAAACAACUGAUGUUGGCACAAAAAAACAAUGUGCGAUGACAGUGAUAUAUUGUGACAAAGAAUUUAAAAUAAAAACAGAAUUCUUCGAUUUGCUGGAAAUGGCCUCAGGUACGGCUGAUGACUUGUAUAACGCAUUAAUACAGAGCGUUGAAACUAAAAAUAUCCCACUAGAAAACUUAGUGGGAUUUUCUUCAGACACGACGAACGUGAUGGUCGGCGAAUAUAAUUCUGUGUUCGCCAAAUUGAAAGAAAGACUUCCUAACAUAGUGUGUGUCCGCUGCUCUUGCCAUAUGAUUCAUUUGGCUGCCUCCAAAGCUUGUCUACAACUGCCAAAAUCAGUAGAAGAUAUGUUACGGAACAUUGGCUCCCAUUUCAGCCGCAGCCACAACCGACAACAGAAGCUUGCAGAAAUGCAACGCUUCUACCAAACACAAAUUCAUCAGAUUCUUUUGCCGGCAACAACCCGGUGGCUUUCUUUAAAGGCAUGUGUCGACCGAACGCUGGAACAGUAUCCUGCACUGGAAGCCUAUUUCAGACUUGAAAUAGUGGAAGAUCCGUCCAGAAUAACUGAAAGUAUCAUUUUCAGUUUGCGUAACCAGUUUACAAAAUUUUAUCUCGAGUUCAUGGCAUAUGUGCUAGACCUGCUAAAUGACUUCAAUAUUACUUUUCAGUCUGAAUCGCCAUUACUUCAUAAACUGAAACCUGCCGUAGAAGGGCUCAUCCGCACAAUUGCAAGUAACUUCAUUGAUUUACAUCACGUCAAAAACACGCCUCCUCUAGAGAUCGAACAUAAAAACCCAAGGUUGUACUUGCCUUUGGAAAAUUUGUACCUUGGUGUUUCUGUGGACUCAAGCCUCAAGGAGGUUCAAAAUGAUGUUAGAAAAGAGGACCUGGAAAGAUUCAAACUAGAUUGCCUGGCAUUUUAUGUUGAAGUAAUAGAACAAAUAAAACAAAGAUUUAUAUUUACAGACCCAAUAUAUGACAUAAUCCAAAUAGUCGAACCAAAAAUUAUAAAAUCGUUUGAUCCACAAAUGAUAACUUCAAUUUUAAACAGAUUUCCUUUUUUAGCCCCCACAUAUCUGAAUAAAAGUGCAUUAAUAAACGAAUGGCGGGAGUACUGUUUAUUAGAUCUGGCAAGUGUGGACGACAGUAUAUCGAUUCAAAUGAAUGCUGCUGAUUUUUGGACAAAAGUAUUUAAAUUAAAGGACAUAGCUGGUACAGAAAAAUUCAAAAAUUUGAAAAUCCUGAUAGGAUUUCUAUUAAUUCUGCCUUUUUCUAAUGCCUCAGUGGAAAGAGUAUUUAGCAAACUAAAGCUGAUAAAGACUGAACAUCGGAAUCGUCUCAAUACCGAAACUAUUGCUGCAUUAAUGGCUAUUAGUUCAUCUAUACAGCAACAAGGUGGUAUACACAAUUUUGAACCCAGCUCUUCUAUGUUAAAUAAGAAGAUAAAGUACUAAAAUUAAUUUGAUUCAGUAGUGACGGAUUUCGCUGAUAAAGUAAACACCUAAAUACAACAUCAAAUUACCUUUUUUGUAAAUUUUGAAAACUAAUGAUUUCGAGAUGAAUAAAUAUUUAUCUGUAGAGAAAUAUUACUAAUUUUGUAGAUUGAAAUGAAAACUAUUAACUUGCAUUGAGCAUGGGUGCAGGCUAAGUAUUAAGUAUUUUGGAAUGAAGCAAAGCAUAUCUACAAACGGAAUGACACAUAUCCAAACUAUUGGAGCUUCAAGCAUGUAUUAGCAAGUUAUUUAUUUAUAAACUCGUGGUAAGUCAAAUUAUUAUUUUACAAUUACAGUCUGUUGAGAAACUAAUAGAAAAUAAUGAGACUCAUACUUUCUUCGACUUUCUGUCACAUUUGACACUAAAAUAUGGACACAAAUUAUUUAGAUGGGAUUUUCUUAGUUCCUAAAACAUUAUUUUCAUAAUUUUUUUGACAAACAACUUGUUUUCGCUGUAGGAUAUGAGUAGACUAUAGCAUUUUUCAACAUUUUAGCAAAACCGUACUACUAUGAUAAAUUAUUAUCAAAAAAAUUUUUAAUUCACUGCAUCAUUAACGAAUAUAAUGACUUUACUCCUUUCCGUAACUCUAUAUUGAUUUAUAACCUCAUUUCUCUAAUUGAUUUACGAAUGAAUUUGUUCGAUAUUGGCAAUCGGUAAUAAUGUUCUACUUUACCAUAUCGUUCUGAACAUUCGAUUCCCUAUCGCUUUUUUUCCAACCUAUGGUCGCAGACAGCCAACUCGAAGAAAAAUAAAACUGAUCUAGUUCUUGCAGAAGUAUCCCGACCUAACCGUACCUUGAAGUUAAAAACCGUACCUUUUUAGAAAGCCAACCAUCCUUUUUUGGGAAAUCAUACUGGCAACACUGUGCCCACGGGACAUCGUGACGAUCGGAUUGACUAGCCGUUUAGUCGCUUAUGUAUCGAGCGUAAUCGUUUAUCACAAACACUAAAUUGUCUUUUAACUCAGUAGUGGGACGAGAUUAUUGUGUUGUGUUGUGUUGUAUAAAGUGCUGUGUUUACUAUGGGUUCGCAUAAAAGUAAAAAAGAAAAACGAGAGUGUAAGUUGCGACGUCGGCUUUUGGCCGAGAUGGAAAACCGUCGUUUGCUGAAGCGGGUGUCGUUGCUGGAAAGGUACAUUGCUGCACCGAUGUCGGCGUCGCCGUUGGAAGGAAAUGCAGCACCACCGCCAACGAGUGGUGAUACCGACGACGAUGGGAUCACAACACCUCCGCUGCCCUACCCAGAGGUGACGUCGGUGCCUGCGGGUGCUUCGGCGCCGACCGUGAUCCGGCGAAGCAGGGCUGUCGGGGCGUCCGCGCCUCCAUCGAGCGACGCCGCGCCGUUGGUAGCAUUGGGCGCGGGCCGCCCAUUGCAGCGCGCUUCAAGCGUACAUUGUGAGGCAUCCCCGUUUCCCAACCAGUUUCUUCAGCCUACUUCGAACCCGUCGGGCUUCCCACCUACGCCACAAUCAAACACCAUAAAUCAGUCAGCCGCCAAAGUUUCCAGUGGAAAAGAAUCACUGAAAUCUUGGGAAAGGAUUCCAAUGCUGCAUACACGAACAUUCUUGAAAAGUUUGGAUCUGAUUUAUCGAAGCUACAAACUCCAUCGAGUAUUAUAUCAUUUAUAGUUGAAAAAAAUCGCAGCCAAAAAACUCGAAAAAUUCGUGUACAACCAACAUCGAUCAGUCGCCGGAAAGAGAGAGGUCUUCCAUGCAGUGGAAGGAUUCAAUCAGGACGACCAGCCAAGUCAGAAACUGUUAAAAGAAAACGUGUUCAUAAUAUUGCAUUUAAUAUUGAUGAAAAUGAACCAUCUGCCAAAAAACAUUGAUUGUGUUAGGUAUAACUUUUCCUAGGUAUAACAUUUCCUACUAUAUCAUAUUUGUUUUUGUAUUAUUUUGUCUUAAUAAAAAGUUAAAAACCGUU